AUGAGUCAGUACAACCAGGCUGAUGAAUGCAGUAAACAGAAUGAAUGUAUAUGCUGCAAAAACAAUUGUACAGUGAAUAAUACAAAUAAAUACUUAGGUGUUUCUGCUAUUAUUGAGCCGGAAGCUGCUUUUAAAAUGUGCAUUGAUAAUGAACUGCCAAUAAGUAGGAUGGGUUAUGAACUGUUGCCUGAAGAUCUAAAUAGAUUAUCAGAUGGUGGACUGUUGAAUGACAAGAUAAUCAAUGUGUACUUUGAGAUUGUUUCAAAAUAUUCUGAACAAGCAACAUAUUCUUUCUCAACAUUUUUCCACAGUGCAUUAAGAAGUAGAGGAGUAGAGUGGGUACAGAGAUGGACCUCAAACAUCAACAUCUUUGACAACAAAUUGAUAUUGAUACCUAUUCAUGUUCCUGGCCAUUGGUGCCUUGUUGUGAUCGAUGUUGAGGAAAUGUUGGUGGAAUACUAUGAUUCGUUAGGAAAUGUUGACAUGCAAAUAGUGGAUGUUGUGAUUGAAUAUCUCAGGGCUGAAUGGAGCAAAGUGAAUGACGAUGGAUUUAGGAUUUCAGUCAAACUGAUCAAAGAUAUCCCACAGCAGCAAAACGGAACAGACUGUGGGGUUUUUAUAUGCAUGUAUGCAAGGUACAGGUUAGAAAAGUGUAACAAGUGGUUCUGCUCAAAUCAAAUAAAAAGCCUAAGGAAGGCAAUGCUUAAUGAAAUAGUGGCCGGAAGGAUAAUUUACUUAGUGCCGCAUGUGAUUGGCUGA